AUGGCCGCAAUACUACCCCCGGAACUGUUGCACCAGAUAGCAGAGCUUCUACAAAAUAAUAGGGCCUCUCUAGUUCCAUGCACUUCUGUAUGUCGCUUGUGGCGGGCGGCUUUUGAACCCCUCAUCUAUCAUAGUCUAGCUGUCUAUAGUGAUGAUGAGCACAAACAAGAAGGGCAGCGUGGAAUUUCCCUCGCAAAUUUGCAAAAGAUCACAUCCGGCGAUCGUGCUGUACGGCAAACCUGGAUCCGAAAUCUAGAAUACCAUAUCCUCACCCCCUACGAACUCUUAGACUGGACCACACGCAAAGAGAGCAACGCGGAAGCUUACUGUAUAGACAACCCUAUCAGAAAGGCUAAUGAUAUAGCUUUCCAGGCGGCUAUGGUUAAUCUUUUCCAAGAGCUUCACUCAUGGAACCAGAGUUUCCGUGUGAAAUUGGACCUAGGUGUUCGAGGACGUCGAGGUGACCCUGCGCCAGAACCACAUACUGAAGACUGGGAUGGUGCCGGUGAAUACCUUUGGGAUUAUAAAGAUGGCCGCAGCUUUUCUACCCCACCUUAUAGAGCGCGGUUUCUCAGCGAUAUGCCGGAUCUAGCGUCUGUUCCGUGCGUUGAGAAGCUCUCUUUCAUAAAUGAAAAUUGGCCCGGGGGCACGCAUCAUCAGAUUUGGACUGGAGCAAUUCAAAUUAUCAUCCAACGCUGUCCAACAAUCUACGAGUUAGCGCUAAAUCUUGACGAAUGGGUCCGUCCGGAUCCCUUGGACAUUAGGGUCUCUUAUCAGUUUAUCCCAAAGAGCCUGCAGGUGCUAGACUAUGAAAGGGAGAAGGAAGAAAAUUGGAAGCAAACCCUGUCUCCACUCAAUGUCAUCCCCUCUGGGAUCGAUAGUAUGAGCAUCAACUUGCGAGAUCUCAGCGUUAACCUCCGGGAAUUAAAGUUUAAAAACAGCGCUCUUGCGUAUGACUUUAUGUGUCCCUUGGAUGGAGAAGGCAAGCCCGAACUGGGCUCCCUGCACUGGCCCCAUCUGAAGAUCUUAGAGGUUGAGUAUGUGCGACCCUGGCUUCCAUCAGGAGAGCCGACUUACCACUACACGGCGGAGGACCAGGCCGAAAUCAACCAAAUCGACGACUGGGACUGGGAGAUAUGUGAUCUCGAGCGGGGAUGGCUUGGACCAACAGAGAGGAUUGAAGAACAUUUCCACCGGCUUCUCAUAUCGAUGGGCUAUGCGGCUCAACGUAUGCCCAGUUUGAAAAGCCUGAGAUUUGAAAUCCAGAGUGAAAACGAGUUUAUUCUCUAUUUCCGGAAUACCGCCGACGAGAUUACCCUUGGGUGGGAGUGUUAUCCCGAAUAUCAGCCAGAUGAGCGGGUUGCCAAGGCCUGGAAUAUUGACCCGGAUGACUCGAAGGUUGACUUUGCGUACCAGUAUGACGCUUCUGUGGCACUGAAGAGCUGGCCGCCCGAACCACAUUCAUAG